AUGCCUGUAAAAUUAUUUGAACAAACAUUAUCGUCUGGAAAUUAUCCAAUAGGUCAAACAAGAAUUCUUGGUGUACCACGUAAUGCCCUUACUGCUCGUGUUCGUGUUGAACGUUUUAUAUUUUAUCCGUUUUUUGGUUGGUAUUGGAAAGAAAUAUUUCGUCAAGAAAUUCGUCCUCAAGAUCGAAUUUGCUAUGAUAUUUGGGGUACAACUGUUCAACCAUUUUGGACAAGUAUCAAUUGUUAA